CACAAACUGAGUUUUUUUACGCUCCCUCUUUUUCCUCUCCCUACCCCUCUCGCUACCCUAGCGUCCUCUCACAUGCCUCUUCUUUUCAUUCUCAGUUGAAUCAACGGAAGCACUUGUUGAAAACAAUUGGCUUCCCUGUUUGUUCAUCAACACCAAUCUCUUCCUCCUGCAGCGGCACAUUCGGGUUCUUCGUCUCACGAGGGUUUUGCUCUGUCCUCGGAUCUCCUGUGGCUGAUCCCCAGUUCCUGAGCUAUAGAAAGCAAUGGUUGUCAGGAUAAAGGCAGAUGACUGAACUAGGAGGGCUUAUCGAAUGAGCAUGGCCAUAGGAAGAUUGGUAUCCAUGAGAUCAUGCAGUGGAUGGCGUCCAUUCCUCAUUUUCGUCCCUUUACUUUUCAUCCUUUCUCAUCUAUUUUCUGUUCUGGAAUUGCAUCAGAACUCAAUUCUUGAAGGGCACCAAAAGGGUCAUAAAAAGAAGUUCGAUCAUCUGGUUCUUGGGCCUGCUGCUGGUCGAGGCUUACCCAGUCGUUUGCAUUGCGAAGGCAUCAGAGCACUCAAUAAGACUAGGGCUUUAAACCCUUCGCAUGCCACCAACGUUGCAGAUGGUGUUACUUUUAUCACAGUGUUUGCAGUGUAUAACACCUCAACUGAUGUUCGUGCAAAUGAUAGACCAUCAGACUUGGUCAGUGUUGGGAAUGCUUCAUAUAGCAAGAUAGAGAGGUCCUUAGCCAUUUUGGAUGUCUUCAUUAACUUCAUUCAGGUGACAAUGCCCUUGAGUAAUGUCAUUGUGUUGACCAAUCCUGAAUUGAAUGUCCCAGUACACAGAGAUAUGGUCACUGUACUUCCCAUACAGGGGGAGUAUUCGCGAGACAAGUUGAUGCUUCAAAGAAUAAGGUCUUACAUUACCUUUCUGGACAUGAGGCUUAAGGAACAGUCGCAGAGGCAGGGGCGCAUCAAUCAUUAUAUCUUCACUGACUCAGAUAUAGCUGUCGUCGAUGACCUUGGGCACAUAUUUAAUAAAUAUCCAAAUUUUCAUCUGGCCCUCACCUUUCGAAACAACAAGGAUCAACCUCUAAAUUCAGGAUUUAUAGCAGUGAGGGGAACCACUGAUGGGAUUUUAAGGGCAAGAAAUUUUCUUCAAAAGGUUUUAGAGGUUUAUGGUUCCAAAUACAUGAGUGCUUCCAGAAUGCUUGGAGAUCAGCUAGCUCUAGCCUGGGUUGUAAAAUCUCAUCCUUCUUUUGAUGUGAGAAGAUUUACUAAAGCCCAGGCAUAUCUAGAAGAAAUUGAUGGUGCUUCAGUGUUAUUUCUACCAUGUGCUUUGUAUAACUGGACACCACCUGAGGGGGCAGGCCAAUUUCAUGGCAUGCCCUUGGAUAUUAAGGUUGUUCAUUUUAAGGGAUCAAGGAAACGACUAAUGCUCGAGGCUUGGAAUUUCUUCAACUCUUCUUCUGACAUUUGGGACAUGCUGUGUCUCAUUUUAGGGAGUGGGAGGACCAAGUACGAUUUUUGAGUAGAGUUUCAUGCAGUUUGAAUUGGAAGCUGAAUCAGACAUCAAUCACUCAAGGUAAAUGAUGAUGAUUUCAUGCAAAGGAGACGUGAUAGACACCCCUUGCUGGAUCAUGGGAGGAUGUCUUGUUUGGCAUUCUGGGGGGUAUCGCAUCUUAAUGUAGGCUUUUCACCGACUCCUUCCACAGAUUCUUUAAGUUGAUACACUGAUGUGGACUCCGUAAUGGGGUUUGAGAUAUUUGUUGACAUCGGAUUGGAGAACCGUCUUUGACUGUCCUGAUUUCCUCGAGUACAUGGAUGUGAUGAUAAAUAUCGAAUAAAAACCAUUCUUCUAUCAUUUUGUUCUUCUGGUAGGACAUUAUUUGUUCUCUCUUCAUAUGGUCUGAUGAAAUGGACUGAAGUAGCAAAUGUGUAGCAACACUGGAAUUCUAUUUUGAUCACAUCUUGGAAGGCAUGGAUUAAACUGUCACAUGGGAGUCAAGUGGCAAGCAUGGAGUUACAGAUCCUGUUGUUUGGAAAUAUUCUCUUCAAAGCAGGGAGUGUUUACUGUUUACACAGCCAAGCCCUGGUGCCAUGUAUGGAAAUUGUGCCAAGUAUAGUUUCUUGUGAUUUGUGGUAUUCUUACUAGUGUAUAAUCUUAUGAUAUUCCUUAACCUUACAUGUUGGAAGAAAUUGAUAUUCCUUUGUUAUACGAAUCUACUUUCUUUUGCUU